AUUUGUCCAUGGCGACACACCCGCGAACGAGUCAAUGAUUCACAGGGAAUUGAAAACGAGAUAAUCUGCAGGGGGAAAAAAAGCCAAUCGACCAAAAGACCGAUCUCAGACUUUUUGAUCGUUAAACUGCAAUGCAGGAAAAUGGAGAACCAGAGACGGAGGGAUGGAGGGGAUUAUGUACGUGGGAUGAAACGCGUCUUCCCCGCCAUGACAUAAGGGAUCUGCUUGGCCUUAUCGCCUUAGGCCAGUUAAGCGCAGCUUCUGUCGCAGCCAAUUUCAGCGGUCAGCGACCGAUUGUCUUGGUAUAUCUCCACACUUCAGCUCGCCUUUUCGAUGGCUUAAUUGCAGCCUGGUGAUUCCUUUGAUCGCCAGCUUAUGUCCACAAGAAGCAUCAUGAAGGCAACUCGAAAUAUCUACAAAAAUGACGUCGACUUUACGACGCUGGCUUUGCAGUCGCCUGAUUUCGCCAAAUACGUGAAGCCGAAUGGUCAGCUGGAUUUUACCGAUCCAAAUGCCGUCCGACAAUUGACGAAGAGUCUGCUGCAGCGAGAUUUCAACUUGAAGGUUGACAUUCCUGAAAAUAGACUAUGUCCACCAGUAUGUAUAAACUAUAAAAAAUCUCAUGCUGGUCUAAUUAUUGCUCUUAGAUUAAACUAUAUCCUAUGGCUUCAAGACCUUAUAGACACCACGGGAGACGAGUAUCGGGAUGACUUUGACCCCGAUAGAGAGGUUCUCGGGCUUGAUAUAGGAACAGGCUGUUGCAGUAUAUACCCGCUUCUGGGAAGCGCCUUGAGGCCGCAUUGGAAUUUCGUGGCAACCGAUAUCGAUGAAGGAAACUUCCAAUCCUCCAAAAAGACCGUGUCGGCGAAUGAACUUGAAUCUCGAAUCCAGAUAAUUAAGACUGACCCCAAAGAUGACCUCAUUCCAUUGCAGUCAAAACUAGGAGCUGAGAGCCUGGAUUUCACCAUGUGUAACCCUCCGUUCUAUGAAUCUCGUGACGAAAUGAUUGCUUCAGCAACGGAAAAGGAGAGACCACCAUUCUCGGCAUGCACAGGUGCAGAGGUUGAGAUGGUUACCGCUGGUGGCGAAAUAGAUUUUGUAACGCGCAUGAUCGAGGAGAGUCUUCGUCUUCGCGAACAAGUCGUGUGGUAUACCUCCAUGCUCGGGAAACUGAGCAGUGUCUCCGUCAUCGUAGAGAAAUUGAUUGAGCACAAAAAUCACAAUUAUGCCGUGACAGAGUUCGUCCAGGGCAACAAAACACGACGAUGGGCGGUAGCAUGGUCAUGGACUGACCUGCGCCCGGCAAUGAACAUAGCUAGAGGCAUUACCGGCUUCCCCAAACAUCUCCUACCCUUCCCCUCAGAAUUCACCUUUGACAUACCAACUGCAUCAAUCGACGAUAUAAGCAACAAAGUCGACGCCGAGCUCAGUACCCUUUCUAUCCAGUGGAACUGGCGUAAAAAUCUCGGCACGGGCGUAGGAUUCGCGAUGGAAAACGUCUGGUCCCGUCAAGCGCGCCGGAAAAUGCAGUUAGCCGGGGCAGGUCACAAGGCCGAGAUUGACGACUCCAAAGCCGCGUUGGGAUUCAAGGUGCAGUUGAGGCAGGAUAGGAUUGAGGAAAAGGGGGUGCGGGUUCUGGUUAGAUGGCUCAAGGGGACUGAUUCUGUUCUGUUUGAGAGUUUUUGUGGGAUGUUGAAGAGAAAGGUAGAGAAUCGGUAG